AUGUUUCCUUCAUGUUUCUUUUCUUCUUUGCUACUCUUCAACCUUUGGUAUCUCGUCUUCCAUCAAAACCUAACAGCAGGAGGCGACGCUGCCGUGGUGUGAAGAGACGCGCGGGUCAUAUACCGUUGGCGCCUAUUCUAUUCGCGCCAAAAAGACUGGGCAACGUUCCAAGAUUGUCUGAGGCUACAUAAAGAGGCUGUGGUCGCAACGCUCAGCACACGAUGCGCGUUGGACGCGAAUUCACCAUCCGCUGUUGUGUGAUGCCUAUCGAUCGCGCUGGCGACCACGAGGGACACUCUUUGCAGUCGCGCUCACACACACUCUCCACACGCAGCAGCGCUGCUGGCCUGCUGAGCGCGUGA